GUUAUCAUAAUAUUUCACAUGAUAAGAACAGCCAAAGUAUUAACAAUAGUAAACUAGAGUUACUCAACGGAUUAUACUAAUUAAAUGGAUCCUUAAUUAAUUGACUACUUGCCUUGGUCAACUAUGGUGUUGACAAGAUCAAAAGAAGCAAUUGCUUGGUCUGGUGACUCUCAUCUGACUAUUUUCCUUGGCCACGUCUGUCCUCUGGUAUUGACAAGAAGCUUCUUCUCUGUCUUGUUCUUCUUACAAUAAUAUGUGAGGGUGAGAUCCAAAACCAUAGGUCUUGUAAGACCAUCAACCACAAAAAAUGUACAGCCUCUGAGUUCUCACACGCAUCUCUUCUUCCUCCUAUGUGUUCUCUUCCUAACAUCCCUCUUUGUUACACUUUCAGAAGCUGUCUGUAACCCGCAAGAUCGAGAAUCUCUGUGGUUUCCGGGCAAUGUUUCUUUUUCUGCUUCUCCUUUGAAUUGGAACCUCUCCAUUGAUUGUUGGUCCUGAGAGGGAAUAAGCUGCGAUGAUUCAUCAGAAAGUCACGUCACUGCAAUCUCCUUGCCCUUUAGAGGUCUCUCAGAAAAUCUCAGUUCAUCUGUUCAGAACCUUCACCGUCUCUCUUAUCUUGAUCUUUCUCACAACCAUCUCUCAGGCCCUCUCCCACCAGGUUUGUUCUCGGCCCUUGACCAGAUUUUGUAUCUUGAUCUCAGUUACAAUCUAUUCAAUGGUGAGUUAACAUUUGAACAAGCGUUUGGAGAUGGAAACAAUAGAUUCUUCCCAAUACAGACCUUUGAUCUGUCAAGCAAUCUUCUCCAUGGUGAAAUCCUCAAUACUUCUAUCUUCCUCCAGGGAGCUAUCAACUUAAUAAGUUUCAAUGUCAGCAAUAACAACUUCAGAGGUCCAAACCCUUCUUUCAUUUGCAUGUUUUCACCGCAGCUCAGUGAAUUGGAUAUCUCUUAUAAUGAUUUUAGUGGCCAUCUCUCUCAAGGAUUAGGCAGAUGUCUGAGGCUAAGUGUUCUACGAGCAGGCUUCAACAAUAUCUCCAGUGAGAUCCCAGGUGACAUCUACAACCUUUCAGAGCUUGAGCAACUUUUUCUACCAGCCAAUAAGCUUACUGGUAAAAUUGAUAAUAACAUCACCCGGCUCAAGAAACUAACCUCCCUUGAGCUUUACUUCAAUCACCUAGAAGGAGAGAUACCAAUGGAUAUAGGUCUUCUCUCCAGCCUGAGAAGCCUCCAACUCCAUAAUAACAAACAUCACUGGUACAGUUCCACUUUCUCUAGCAAAUUGUACAAAUCUCAUCAAGCUGAACUUAAGGAUCAGUCGUCUGGGAGGGAGCUUAAGAGAGUUUGAGUUUUCUCAGUUGCAGGUUUUGGAUCUUGGAAACAAUAGCUUCACCGGCGAAGGCAACUGAUAUCGGAUCGGACCAACGGAACCAAAUACUCGGAUUAAUAAAAUAAGCUCUCUCUCUCUCUCUCUCUCACACACACACACACACACACACUUUCACUCUCCAAUGGUGGCGACAAAAUUAAGCAGAGACCAGUACGUGGCAAAGCUCGCCCAGGAAGCGGAGCAGGACAUGGUACGCUUACGGUGAAAGAGCGAAACCUGCUUCAAUCCUGCCCAAGAACGUGAUCGGAUCUCUAAGAGCCGCCUGGAGGAUGUAUUCUCCGUAGAGCACAAAGAGGAAAACUGUUUAGGGUUAGUUUAGUCAUUGUAAUUACACAUCUUAGGUAUUACUGAAAAUGUCCCUCUACUAAAGGUAAAGUUGAAUAAUGGUACUAUAGAAUGUGUAAAACUGAAAUUUUCC